GAUUGGUCUUUUUCAAGUUUAACAUGGACACAAAUUUCACAAUAAAAUUAAGUGAAAAUGACCACGAAUCCAUGUUCAUGGACCAUUUUUGCAAUUUUGUCCUUAUCUUCUCGCCUCUCUCCAAACAUUUGUAGCCGACUAGCCGGUUUAAAGACAUACUCCAGAAGAAAUGGCCUUCAAGAAACUCCCAAGACCACCACCACUCUGCCGUCCUCCACCACCGUCGACCACCGCUAACCUUCUACCCCCACCGCCACCUCCCGACACAUCACUAACUACUCUCCCAAUCCUCUCUCUUACCUCCUCUACCUCAACCACUCAAUCCCAACUCACCGAUUUCAUCAACACCCACCUAAAAAACAACCUCACCCCGAACGACCUCCUCUCCUUCCUCAAAAACCAGCUCCACCACCAUCCCAAAUUUGCUCACCUCGACCUCCACGUCUUCCGCCACGCCUCCACCCUCGAUUCCUUCCGCCACGACCACUCCACCUAUGAAUGGAUGGUCCGCACCCUUGCCAUAACCCACCGCCUCGACUCCCUAUCACCCCUCCUCGAUUUUAUCGUCUCCAAUCCCUGCCCUUGCUCCGACGGUAUCUUUUCUUGCUCACGUACCGAACCCAUCUUCCGUUUCGCCAUCAAUGCGUACUGUAACGUCGGUAGGUUUGAUGAUGCACUCCAAGCGUUUGAUAAAAUGCGUAAACUAGUAGAUGGGAAGCCUAGCACAGCUAUAUACAAUAUCAUGAUCCAUAGUUUCGUAAAGUACUGGAAAUUCGAAAAGGGUUUGGAGUUCUAUGGGAGAAUGAUUCAAGAUCGAGUGAACCCCGAUGUGGUCACUUUUAACAUAUUGAUUAAUGGGUAUUUUCGCAAUUCCAAAUUCGGGUUAGCAUUAGAAGUGUUUAAGGAAAUGAGGGUCAAGGGUUGUGUUCCAAAUGUGGUGACUUUUAACACUUUGAUCAAGGGAUUCUUUAGGGAGAAGAAGUUGAAAGAAGGAAUAGGAAUGGCAUAUGAGAUGAUUGAAUUGGGGUGCAGUUUAUCGAGUGUAACUUGUGAGAUCUUGAUCGAUGGGCUUACCAAGGAAGGAAGGGUUUAUGAGGCUUGUGAUCUCAUCCUGGAUUUUUCAAGAAAAGGAGUUUUACCAAAAAAGUUUGAUUAUUUUGGGUUAAUCGAGAGUCUUUGUGAUCAAAGGAAUGAGGUUAAUAAAGCAAGAUUAAUAGUAGAUGAGAUAUGGGAGAAAGGAAAUGCUCCAAGCUCCAUCACUUGUACUAUUUUAAUUGAAGGUUUAAGAAGGGUUAAGAACACAGAAGCAGCAUUUAAAUUGAUGGAUAAAAUGCUUAAUUAUAAAGACACUAUUGUUCCUGAUAGUGUGACUUUUAACUGUCUUCUUGGUGAUAUGUGUAGUUCAGGAAGAAGUGGGGAGGCUAAUAAUUUGAGGGUUUUGGCUUAUGAGAAAGGUGUAUGUGUAGAUGAGGUAAGUUAUAGCAUAUUAGUAUCUGGAUAUUCAAAGGAAGGAAAAAAGGAAGAGGGGAAGGUUAUAGUGGAUGAGAUGUUGGAUAAGGGGUUUAUACCUGAUAUUGCUACUUAUAACAGGUUGAUGAAAGGGCUUGGUUUUGGAUAAAAGAUCAGAUUUUUAUUCAUAAAACACUUGAAGUUUGAAUAUUAAAAAGUUGGGUUCAAAAGUAUGUUACUAAAGAUAAAUUGUCAAAAAGAUCAUUUAUACAUGAUUAUGUAAAUAUUUGUCAAAAAGAUCAUUUAUAAAUGAUUAAAGAUAAAUUGUUAUAUGUAAAAAAAAAGUUAAAAUAUAUAAGUAUGCCUUUGCUGUCAUUUUACAUAUAUAAUAGUUUUUUUUUUCAAACACUCCAAAAAGUA